UUAUUAGUUGAUCGCUCUCCAUGUGCCAUUAACCGACCCGGGUCCGGACCGCCGUAGGUAUAAAACCCCGCGGGCCGGCAGAGCCGGAGCAGCGGAGCGCUCCCUGCAUGCGGAGCCGGGGCUGCAGCGGCGGUGGUAGAAACUGAAAGCCAUCUUAAACAUACCAGGUGCAGAGCACAAUACAGUAACCAUGAAUGACAUUGCACAGAAAACUGAGAUUCUGCUUUCUUCAUCUAAACCCGUCCAAAAGUCCUAUGUGCCCAAGCUUCACAAGGGUGAUGUAAAGGAUAAAUUUGAAGCUAUGCAGAAAGCAAGGGAAGAAAGAAAUCAAAGGAGAUCUAGAGAUGAAAAGCAAAGAAGAAAAGAACAAUAUGUUAGAGAGAGAGAAUGGAACAGGAGAAAGCAGGAGAUGAAAGAACUGCUUGGAUCUGAUGAAGAUGAUGACACCAAACUAUCUAAAACAGAAAAGGGUUAUGUUCCAAAGCUCAUAGGAACUGUUAAAGGCAAGUUUGCAGAAAUGGAGAAGCAAAGGCAAGAAGAAGAAAGAAAAAGAACGGAAGAAGAGAGAAAGCGCAGAAUUGAACAAGAUAUGAUUGAGAAAAGAAAAAUUCAAAGAGAACUGGCAAAAAAGGCACAGGAGAUUGAUGACUUUAACAAUACGGGAACUGAAUCAGCAGCUGAGGAAGGGGAUGAUUCACUGCUAGUUACAGUAGUGCCUGUAAAAAGCACCAGGACAUCUGGGAAGAUGAAAAUAAUCUCUGAGAACACAGGAGAGGAGAGAGCAGAACAAAGAAAGACACAGGAUGAAGAAAUGAAGCUAAAAGAUGAGCAACAAAACCAACUCCUUAAGGAACCCAAGUGCCUUUCAUUUGUCCAGGUUGAAAAUGAAAACAGUGAAACUCAAGACCCUCUGUCUCCUGGUAAGCUGAAAGUCACAUUUGAAGAACUGGAAAGACAAAGACAGGAGAACCAAAGGCGGCAAGCUGAGGAAGAAGCAAGGCAGCGUUUGGAAGAGGAAAAGCGUGCCUUUGAAGAAGCCAGGCAGAGAAUGAUAAAUGAAGGUGGCGAUGAAGAAUCUGAAAAUGCUGUUAAAGAAUUCCGCCCUGGUAAACUCAGACUCAGUUUUGAGGAGAUAGAAAGACAGAGGAGAGAAGAGGAAAAGAGGAAAGCAGAAGAGGAUGCACGACGACGCAUAGAAGAGGAGAAAAGAGCAUUUGCUGAAGCAAGGAAGAACAUGCAGGUACUGGAUGAUGAAUCACCAGAAAUGUUUAAAACCUUUUCUCAAGAAUCUCUCGUACCUGGUAAACUGGAAAUUAAUUUUGAGGAGUUGCUGAAACAAAAAAUGGAGGAAGAAAAGAGGCGCACAGAAGAAGAGCGUAGGCAAAAGUUGGAAAUGGAAAGGCAAGAAUUUAAACAGCUGAGACAAGAAAUGGGAGAGCUGGAAGAAGAGUCUGAAACUUUUGAGUUAAGCAAAGAGUAUGAAGAAUUGAUAAAGCUAAAAAGAAGUGGUUCUAUUCAGGCAAAGAACUUAAAAAGCAAGUUUGAAAAAAUAGGACAACUCUCUCAAGAAGAAAUACAGAAGAAGAUUGAAGAAGAGCGAGCAAAGAGAAGAGCAAUGGAUGAAGAAAUAAGAGAAAGGGAAGCUGAAAAAUUUCAAGAGGCUGACGACGUAGAUGUGAUACCAGCCAAGAAAUCUGAGGCUCCAUUUACUCACAAAGUAAACAUGAAGGCUCGUUUUGAGCAAAUGGCAAGAGCCAGAGAAGAAGAGGAGCAGAGGAGGAUUGAGGAACAGAAAUUACUACGCAUGCAGUUUGAACAAAAAGAAAUCGAUGCAGCAUUACAGAAGAAAAGGGAAGAGGAAGAAGAAGAAGAGGGAAGCAUUAUUAAUGGUUCUACUUGUGAAGAUGAGGAUCAAGCUCGAUCUGGAGCUCCCUGGUUCAAGAAGUCACUGAAAAACACAUCAGUUGUUGACGGCGAGCCAGUGAGAUUCACAGUUAAAAUUACUGGAGAACCAAAACCCGAAGUUACAUGGUGGUUUGAAGGGGAAAUGUUGCAGGACUCUGAGGACUAUCAAUAUAUUGAAAGAGGAGAAACCUACUGCCUUUACUUGCCAGAAACCUUCCCAGAAGAUGAAGGGGAAUAUAUGUGCAAAGCAGUCAACAACAGAGGCUCAGCUGCUAGCACCUGUAUUCUCACCAUUGAAACUGAUGACUACUAAUGCUCUACUUUAGCUGGAAUCUUUCUUCCCCUCAACUCUCUUACUGCAUCAUCUCUUUCUCUGAUGGGGCCAACUAAAGAAAGCAAGGAUGUGCAUUCAUUUGUCAUUCCUGCAUCAGAUAAGAACGUACCCUUCGAAUUGUGAGAAUUCCCUACUCAAUGCAAAAACUAGUAUCAAAGGCUAAAAAUAAAAAAAUCAAUGUAUGAAAGAUCAGCUGAAGGAAACUGAAUUAUCAUAGUGCUCCAGCAUUUGAAGACCAACUCUUGUGUAACAGAAUAAAGCUGAAUACACGAUCUGGAACUUGUGUAGCAGUGUAAAUCUGUGGUGUACCCUGCAUGAGCACUGAAUAUUUCAGCUGUUUUACCUUAUCCCAGAGGCACUGAACUGGCACAGGAAAUACUUACUGAUGAUUUUCAAAAACCCAAGUGUACUAUUUUUAAAGAAUAAAAGAUGACGUAACUGCUCA